AUGGAGCAAAUUAAAUCGCAGAUCCUGCCUUUGGCGGAGCAGUUGAAGACUCAAAUUCAACCUUAUGCUGAGCUUUUGGUCGAAAAGACCGAACCUUAUAGCUGGAUCAACCUACAUGUGCCUUCCGUCGAGCACCCGUUCGGCUUGGAACUGUGGCCCAUCUUCAGCACCAUUUUCGAAAAAUAUGCGGGGUACCCAGCCGAGGAUUUUGACUUCAUCUACAACAAGACCUUUAUGGCUAAUGGGUAUCAAGCAUUGGGAGUUAUUGCCGCCUACUACGUGGUUAUCUUUGGUGGCCAAGCUAUUUUGCGCGCUGCCAACGCGUCUCCGUUGAAGCUAGGUUUCCUUUUCCAAUUGCAUAACUUGGUGUUAACCUCGGUGUCCUUGGUGCUUCUGUUGCUGCUGAUUGAGCAAUUGGUGCCAAUGGUUGUGCAGAACGGUGUGUUCUGGGCCAUAUGCUCAAAGCAAGCGUUUGCACCAAAAUUGGUGACUUUGUACUACUUGAACUACUUAACCAAGUACCUUGAGUUGAUUGACACUGUGUUCUUGAUUUUGAAGCGCAAGAAGCUUUUGUUUUUGCACACCUAUCACCACGGUGCUACUGCGUUGUUGUGUUACACACAAUUGACCGGACAAACUUCUGUGGAAUGGGUUCCAAUUACUCUGAACUUGGGAGUCCAUGUGGUGAUGUACUGGUACUACUUUUUGAGCGCUCGUGGAAUCAGGGUGUGGUGGAAAGAGUGGGUUACCAGAUUCCAAAUCAUUCAGUUUUUGAUCGAUUUGGUUUUUGUCUACUUUGCCACCUACACUUUUUACGCUCACAAGUAUUUCAACGGUAUCUUGCCUAACAAGGGCACCUGUUACGGUACCCAAGAUGCUGCUGCGUACGGCUAUUUGAUUUUGACAUCCUACUUGGUGUUAUUCAUUUCCUUUUAUAUUCAAAGUUACCGUAGGGGUAUUUCCAAGAAGAAGGCUGUUACUGAAGCUGCCGCCAAGGUUGCCAAAGAGGCAACUACUGACGCUACUACUGGUCCAACCACCGGCAAGCGCGUUCACUCCACCAAAGCCACCUCUAGAAAGGCUUAA